CUAUUAAUAGAUGUAAAUUCUACCGCGAAUAUGAACCAUGUUAAGCACCAUUACUGUUUAUAAUCAGAUAUUUGUUUAGAUCUAUAUUUAAGUUGUUUCAUAAUCAAAACAUAUAAGGACAAAUACACAUUUAAAAGCCAAAAUGUUGCGACGACAAGCAAGACUUCGUAGGGAAUACCUGUACCGAAAAUCAGUUCAGGAUAAACUAAAAAAUAUUCAAGAAAAGAAAGAGAAACUGAAACGCAGUUUAGAAGAAAAUGUACCAAUACAUCCUGAUUUAAGGAAAGAUGCUUUGAAUAUUCAACAGAAACUGGAUUGGGAAGAUGCAGGACCAGAAAUGGCUAUGGCUAUGGGAACAGAAAUGGGUGGAACAUUAGGUUCUCAUGAAGAUGAUGAGUAUCGAUGGGCUGGUGUUGAGGAUCCAAAAAUUGUUAUUACAACCUCCCGUGAUCCAAGCUCGCGAUUAAAAAUGUUUGCCAAAGAAUUACGUUUAAUAUUCCCUAAUUCUCAAAGAAUGAAUAGAGGAAAUUAUGAAAUGAAGCAGCUUGUACAUGCCUGUCGUGCAAAUGAUGUUACAGAUUUUAUAAUUGUACAUGAACACAGAGGUGUACCUGACUCUCUGAUCAUUUGUCAUUUGCCAUAUGGUCCAACAGCUUAUUUCACAAUGUCAGAUGUUGUUAUGAGACAUGAUAUACCUAAGAUUGGUACAAUGUCAGAACAAUAUCCACAUCUUAUCUUCCAUAACUUUAAAACAAAAUUAGGUACACGUGUCAUGAGUAUUUUGAAGUAUCUCUUCCCAGUACCAAAAGAAGACAGCAAAAGGAUAAUCACCUUCGCCAAUCACGACGAUUAUGUAUCUUUCCGGCAUCAUACUUACAAAAAAAUUCAUGGAAAAGACAUUGAAAUGACAGAAGUUGGACCUAGAUUCCAAUUGAAAUUGUAUGAAAUCAAAUUGGGUACUUUAGAUGCAGAAUCAGCUGCUGAUGUAGAAUGGGCUUUGAGACCUUACAUGAAUACCACUCACAAAAGAAGAUUUUUAUCCGAUGAAGAUGGAUGGCAACAGGAGGAUAAUAUUUAAUUUCUCUUUUACUAUUUAGCUAAUUAAUUUCAAUAAACUCUGUAACAUUAACAAUAAUAUGUUUUUACACGUG